AUGCAACCUAACAUGCAGCGUUUCUGGACCCGUGUCCCCCUGUCCGGCAAGUUGCAACUCUUCUGGGAGCGUGUUACACUGUCGCGGAUCACGACCAUAUACUUCAUCUUCUCUGUGCUUCAUUUCGCCAUCCAGCUCGGUCUGCAAAUUCAGGCAUUCGUCGUCAAUGAUCAAGCAGCCAUAUUCUUGAGCGACCUUGUUGAGCUAGGGAACGCGAGCCAGUCUGGAUUCGUCGUCUACACUAGCGGCGCCCUGCACAUGUGCGACAAUGCACCGUCCUCAAUGAACGCGGACUCUUGCGACCUUCUCUGGCAGCAAUCGGUUGGCAAUACCACCGCCAACUUGAACCUGCAGUACGCAUUGAACAGCAGCGCGUCCUCGUCAAGUGCUGUAUCCUCCAUCCUUCCGUCUUCGAGUGUGCUUGUGUCUACUGCGAGCACUACGCAAUCCUCUGUCAUUUCAUCCUCCAGUGUUUUGUCAAGCGUGCUGUCGUCGAGCUCAGUUGCUUCAUCUAUCAUUCCCAGCUCCGCGUCAAUAGUCAGUUCCCUCUCUGACUCGAGUGUCGCAACGUCCUCUGCAUCCAGCGUACUUUCGACCCCUGCUUCUACAACGUCCCAUAGAGCAUCUGUUUUGACCGCCGCACCCAGCAGCACUGCUCGUGCCGACGUGACUGCUACCGACGACGCAAAAGUCGAGACCGUGCUGACCUCAACCCAUCUUGUAACGGUGACUCUGAAGGUGACCGCGACACCAGGUGCAGAUGCUGUACGCCCAUCUGCAGCGGCACCUGACGACGUCUCCACUGCUCACGAUGUGCAGCAACAUCGCAAGCGCCACACGUCAAUAUCAGAGCAAGUUACUAAGAACAACGGUCAAACCGAAGUCAAGGUGAACGGCGUGCCUGGGGCUGGUGAGGUCACCCUGGACCAGACAUGCCUUCAGGUGCUCAACUGGCCCGUGUCGCAGCUGCAAAACACAAAGCGCGAGGAUAUCACCUUCAUCAUGUUCCAGUUUUGGCUACUGGGAAUGUCGCUUGUUGCACUGCUGAACGAGUCUAUUCCGCACGUUAUCGCGUCCUUGUUGACCCAUGUCGGCGCCACCGCUUGGGGCGGCUUCCAGAUCUACGAUACCAGCCAAUUUCGCGAUGAUUUCACCACGCUGACUACCGGCGGCGCGUGCGGUGUCAAUCUCCUGCCGACCUAUUGGCAGGCGCGCGCCAAUGCCGAGAUCCCGAGUCUGGCGUUGAAUGGUGCUGCCUUGCUCUUGUCCGCCGUGCUCUCGUGGCGACUCAUCAAGUCAUUUGGCUGGCAGACGUUCAAGCGCGUCGGCGCAAGUCGCACGAUCAACCGUAUCUACAAUGUCGUGCUGGUACUCUCGAUUUCGAUCCAGGUCGCGCUGUUCUUCAUCGCGGUCGCCGCCUCGCUCUGGCUUGACCAACUGAUCAACGGAAAAAUUGGGCAUAUGACCAGCAAUAAGACGCUUUUCGAGGCCAUCGACAUUGCUGUUUUGGUGGUCCUGAUCCCGUGGUUGUCGAUGGGAUGGAUUGCAGUGCGCCGCGAAAAGAGAGUGUCUAUGUUGCUGUUCCUCAUAAUCGCAUUCCUAUACCUCGGUGGAUGGGGCUCUAUGUUUAUUGCUCCCACGUUCCGCUGGACAUUUUUGCAGUGGCGAUUCUUCAGCAUCAUGGCAUCGGUGUCGGUGCUCCUCGCGCUGGUGACGUUAUCUUUGGGGAUAGUGUGCCGUGUGAACUUUGGCAAAGGCUUGCCUCGAUACCUGAACGCGCAAGAACCCCUCCCGGAUGACGACUUCCUGCCUACCGUCGUCGACAGCAAACUCGGAGAAGACGUGGAGAAGGCCGCAUUCCCUUCAAAUGAUCUCCCCAUCCCGACCUACAACUCCUUCACCUUUGGCUCGCAGCAAGCUGCGGCGCCACCCAGCCCUACGCCCUAUGGGCCCAGGCAACUCGGUCCUCGAUUCUUUAACUCUCAUUUAGAACCCUUCGAGCCUCAGCCCGGUACACCACCUGUAUAUUCUCCUCGCGCGGACAUCUCUGUGAUGUCGUCACGCACGGCGGUUGGCGACAGCCAGAGCCUGAAGCGCAGCGAAUCCAACAUAAGCGACGCAAGCAGCAUGCAAUCGCGGCGCUGGGUUAUCGAGUGA